GUCAACCGCGUAUCAUUUGACCUUCUAUCCAAACCGUCAAAGACUAGGGAUAUUGGACUUUGGAUAUGCGCGCGCUUAUCAAAUACUUUGGUAUAUCUUCAAGACUGUUGCAAUGUGGAAAUGAAUUAAACAUUCUUUUAACACAUGUUACUUAGAUGAUGAGUUGCUUUCCGUACGGCCAUAGAGGCAAUGCCUCUUCUCAUUUCGAGAGGUCCGAAGUAACACAGAAUUGGGUGACUAAUCCUACACAUGGUACUGAUACUACAGGUGGCAGAACACCUGCACCACCCUUAAGGACAACAAGCGCACCUCUUGGAAGUUCCAUUGAAAAUAUAUCCUUUAAACCGAAUAAACCAUUACCACUUACACCAGUGGAAGAAGAAAAACGUGACAAAAAGAAAUACAAAAGUAGUGCCAGUAAACUUGGAAAAUUCAAACCAUCUAUUAUGCUAAAUAUAUCAGCACCAGUCAAUGUUAUGCAUAAAGUACACAUUACAAUAGAUCCAGUUACUGGUGAAUUUGAGGGUAUGCCUCCAGAAUGGUCUCACAUGUUAACGGUGGCAGGCAUCACAAAAUGGGAACAACAACAAAAUCCAACUGUUGUACUAAAUGUGUUAAAUUUAUUGAGUAGAAAAGAUGAUACUCCUCAAAAAUAUAUGACAAGUAUUAUAGGACCACCAAGUGCAUUGGAUCUGUCUUCAACUGAUCAAAUUAACACUUCAAACGAUUCAAAUAUUAGUCAAGCACUUUCAUUACCAGCAUCAAAUUGUACCAAAUGUUGUACACCGGAUACAGAACGUGUUACCUCAUUAACUAGAAUAUCAUGUUCAGUUGAUGUCGGACCAAGAAGUAGCAGUUUAAGCAGUGGUCGUGGCAGUAGUGAAGGUAUUGGAAGUCGAAGUGGAAGUGGUAGUGGUGGUGCUGUUAGUCGAAGUAGUAGUAGCGGUCAUGGAGGUGUUGGUGGUUCCAGUGGUAUCCAAAUGUCUGGAAUGGUUCUUAGUCCUUCUGGUAGCUCCAAUGUAGCUAUUCCUCCGUCAAGUAGUUACAGUAGUUCAGGUAGUAGUUAUUCUUCAAGUACAGGAAGUGGGCCAGCACCACCAGCCGUCAUCAAUGGAGUUGAACUUAUACCUGCACCGCUUCUUCCGCAUAAAUUAUCAUUUAGUCCUUCAGGUCAAGCGUUAAAUUAUUCUGCAAUAUCUAAUCCAUCUAUGGAUAACGCAGCUAACACAACUCUUCUUAAUUCGAUAUCUGAUUCCCAAGCAAUUCAUCAAUCUUCACUUACCUUACCUCCAUUAGCCCCAGCGCUUCAUAAUCAUACAUGCAUCGUUGGAAACACUACUUGCACACCUGGUUCUUAUCAACAUCAUCAUCAUUCUAAUAUGGUAUCUCAUAGAGGGGCUACUGAACCCGGGAUCCAUUCAGAUCAUGAAAUAAGAUCAGUAACUAUGGGCUCCUCUACUAAUUUAAGCACUGUCACGAGCGUCAAUAAUCGUUCUAUGCCGCCUCAUCCAUCUCCUUAUGUGAUGCAACCAUCUUCAUCAUCAUUGUCCUCUAAACAAUCCAAUCUAGAUUUUAUCAACCAAACAAAUCAAAAAACUCCCUGGCGUCCACAAAUUCAUUCACAUUUAAAUAAUCCACCACCCCCUUUAUCACCUGGUCUGCCAAGACGAUUUGCUGAUGGCAUUCUAUCACCUCCUGACAUUUCUAACAAUGCAACUAUUCAAUAUUGUUCUUCAGGUCAGUCAUCCCCUUCUCCAGCAGGAUCUGCAACUCCGGUACCUACACCACGACGUGAAUCACUUGCUGGUACACCUUCUUGUCAACGAACAAUUUUACCUUUAAAUAAUAAUACUAUGAUUGUCAAUAAUAGUGGUGUACAUCCACCACCGAUUGCUACACGUCCCGAGAAAACAAAAUCCAUAUACACUCAACCAGUUGGUGAAGAUAUCAAUUCAACCAUUCAACCCAUCAAUUAUAACGAUGAUUCAUCUAUAAGUAUCAAUUCAACAUCAGUACAACUUCCAAAUGUUUAUUUACAAUCAACUGAUCUUACUAUUUUAUCAAUGAAAAAAUCUAAUUCUUAUGAAUUCGAUGAUGAAUCUACAACAAUGUUAUUAACUAAUAAUAAUACACCUACUAUCCCUACUAUUGUAGAUGAUCAUAAUAAAAUGACAAAUUCUAUUUGUACAACUAUUACCUCUUCUACGAAUACUGAUAUUAAUAAUAUUCGAUCAACAAUCAAUCAAACAAAUACAUCAAUAUCCAUGACAUCAUCAUCAACAACAACAAUGCCCAUGACUACUAUCACCUCUAUACAUAAUCAUUCUCUUACUUGUAGUCAACAUAAUUUUCAUAAUACUAUUAAUACUUCAACUACAACAUGUACAGUUAAAUCAAUAAAUCAUCAACAAAUCUCAUCAAAUACUAUGAAUAAUAACCCUAUGGAUAAUAAUACUAAUCAUAGUAAUCAUGAUAAUAACCAUACAACUAGUACAUUAGAACGUAAUAAUUUAAAUAAAAAAUGUAAAUCUAAAAUGACUGAUGAAAUGAUACAAGAAAAACUUCGAAUGAUUGUUAGUAUUGGUGAUCCAAAUAGAAAAUAUCAAAGAUUAGAAAAAAUUGGUCAAGGAGCAUCUGGUGUUGUUUACAGUGGAAUUGAAUCAACAACUGGACGUCGUGUUGCAAUAAAACAAAUGAAUUUAAAAAAACAACCUAAAAAAGAAUUAAUUGUUAAUGAAAUUUAUGUAAUGAAAGUUAAAAAACAUCCAAAUGUUGUUAAUUAUUUAGAUAGUUAUCUUAUUGGUGAUGAAUUAUGGGUUGUAAUGGAAUAUUUAGAUGGUGGUUCAUUAACAGAAGUUGUUACUGAAACAUUAAUGGAUGAAGGACAAAUUGCAGCUGUAUGCAGAGAGUGUUUACAAGCAUUGGAAUUUCUUCAUAAAAAUCAAGUGAUUCAUCGUGAUAUUAAAUCAGAUAAUAUUCUAUUAGGAUUAGAUGGUUCAGUAAAAUUAACUGAUUUUGGCUUUUGUGCUCAACUUAGUCCAGAACAAACAAAACGUUCUACAAUGGUUGGUACACCAUAUUGGAUGGCACCAGAAGUAGUAACAAGAAAACAAUAUGGACCAAAAGUAGAUAUAUGGUCACUUGGUAUUAUGGCUAUUGAAAUGAUUGAUGGUGAACCACCAUAUUUAAAUGAAAAUCCUGUUCGUGCUCUUUAUUUAAUUGGUACAAACGGUAAACCAGAGAUUAAAGAACGUGAUAAAUUAAGUGCAGAGUUUCUAGAUUUCUUAGAUCGAUGCCUUGAAGUCAAUGUAGAUUUACGUGCAUCUGCAUUUGAACUACUUAAGCAUCCUUUUAUUGUACGACGUUCAAAACCGUUAUCCUCUUUAACACCGUUGAUUUUGGUCGCUCGAGAUCAAGCUAGAAAUCAAACACAAUAAUGUAAAAUACCAACAUUUCAAUAUUAUCACUUUAUAGAAAAAGAUGAAGUAGUAGUAGUAGUAGUAGUAGUUGUUGUGGUAGGAGUAGUAGAACAAUAAUAACAACAAAUUCCUAUUCUAAUUCCAUCUACUCCUGAUGAUGAUUGUGUGAAGUACUUUAUAUUCAAUAGGAUUUUGUUCAAUUGAUUAAUCUAUCCGAUUAUCAAUAUUCAUAUAAUCUUCUAUGUAUUCAUUCUUUCCUUCAUCUAUCCAUCUAAUUACUAUUAUUAUUAUUAUUACUACUACUACUACUACUACUACUAC